AUGUCAAUAACAAGAUUAGGCGUAUGUACAUUAAAUUAAUGGGCAAUGGACUUUAGUCAAAAUGUUCAGAAUAUUAUUGAAAGCAUAGAAAUCUGCAAAAGAAAAUAAUGUUUAUAUCGAUUAGGUCCUGAAUUAGAGAUAUGUGGGUACAUGUGUGAAGAUCAUUUUUUAGAAUCAGAUACAGUUACUCAUUGUUGGUAUAAAUUUGAUUAAUUAUAAUAGGGAAGCCAUUGUAGAGAUACUUCCACAUACAGAUAAUAUUGUUUGUGAUAUAGGAAUGCCAGUAAUACAUAAAAGUGUAUUUUAUAAUUGUAGAGUGAUUUUGUUAAACAAAAAGAUUCACUUAAUAAGACCAAAAAUGUAUAUGGCUGAUGAUGGAAAUUAUAGAGAGUCUAGAUAUUUCACUCCAUGGAGUAAAGAAAUUGAGGAUCUAGAUCUACCUCCUAUUAUUUAAAUAGCCACAGGAUAAAAAUGUGUUCCAAUAGGAGUUGCUAUUUUGUAAACUCUUGAUACAGAAAUUGGAAUAGAAAUAUGUGAAGAAAUGUGGACACCUAUUCCAACAAGUGCAAAUUAAGCAUUAGAUGGAGCAGAAAUAAUUCUAAAUUCAAGUGGAUCUCAUUAUGAAGUUGGUAAAAUUAAAGAGAGAACAGAAUUAUUCAAAGAUAUCACAAAAAGAAAUGGUGCUUGUUAUGCAUUUUGUAAUCUUAGAGGAUGUGAUGGUAAUAGAUUGUAUUUUGAUGGAUGUUCAUGUAUUGUUUUAAAUGGUAAAGUAUUUGCCAAAAGUGAUGCUUUCUCACUUAAAGAUGUAGAAGUUACAACAUGUGAUAUAGAUUUACAAGAAGUCAGGAACAUUAGAAUCAAUAUUAAGAGUAGAUCUCUUAUGGCUUCUAAAUAAAAACAUUUCCCUAGAGUCAAACUUGACAUUAAUCUAACCUAGUAAUAAAAUUAUGUUUAUUAUCAUGAUAUUCCUAUCUAAUAUGAAUCAGAAAUUGAGGAUUCAAUAGCUUGUUACUUAUGGGAUUAUAUGAGAAGAUCUGGAGCUUGUGGGUUUAUGUUACCAUUAUCAGGAGGUUUAGAUAGCAGUGCUACUGCAUUAUCUGUAUUUUUUAUGGCUAAUAAAAUAUUUAAAACUAUUAAUAGUGUUGAUAAUGAUCAUUAAACUCACAUUAAAGUAUUGCAAUAAUUACGUAAAACUGUAGAAGAUGAUACCUUCACUCCUAAAUCUCCAUAAGAGAUUGUUAAUCGAUUACUCUUUACUGUUUAUCUUGGGUCUGAAAAUUCAACCUAGGAUUCUAGAGCUAGAUCAAGAUUAUUAGCUGAGUAAAUAGGAAGUAAACAUUACGAAGUGGAAAUUGAUUAGGUUUGUAAAGCUUGUACAUCUUGCAUUAAACCUAUAUUAAAAAAAAACCCGUAAUUUAUUGUAAAUGGUGGAUCUUUAUCAGAAGAUCUAGCUUUGUAGAAUAUUUAAGCAAGAUCAAGAAUGGUACUUACAUAUUUGAUAGCUUAAUUAACUCCAUGGAAUAAUGGAAAAAAAGGAUUUUUAAUUGUUCUUGGAUCUAGCAAUUUAGAUGAAUCUAUUAGAGGAUUCUUAACUAAAUAUGAUUGUUCUAGUGCUGAUAUUAAUCCAAUAGGCAGCUUAAGUAAAAAUGAUUUGAGAUAACUUCUUUAAUUCUGUUACAAAACUUUUAAUUUUUCAGCCAUUUAAUAAAUUUUGGAAGCUAAACCUUCACCUGAAUUAAGACCAUAAUCAGCUGAAGGUCAUGUUUCAGAAAAUGACAUGGAAUUAACAUUUAAUGAAUUAGAAACAUUUGCAAAAUUGAGAAAGGUCCAAAAAUUGGGUCCAGUAAGUAUGUUUAAGAAAUUAAGAUAUCUCUGGUCCAAUAUUACUCCAUAAGAAGUAGCUGAAAAAGUAAAGAAAUUUUUCAAACACUAUGCCUUAAACAGACACAAAGUAGUAACUAUUACUGCUUCAUUUCAUGCCUAAGCAUUUUCAUAAGAUGAUAAUCGUUUUGAUUUUAGACAGUUUUUAUAUAACUGGAGAUGGCCAUGGUAAUUUAAGAAAAUUGAUGAGAAUUUAGAAUGA